AUGUCGGAGUACGACAUCGUGAACCUGGAACACGAGACCCUCGUCCUCGUGGUCACCAGCACGGCCGGCAACGGGGAUCCUCCCGAAAACGGAGAGCCGGUUCAAAACUUUCAAGUGUCGCUUUUGGUGUUGAUUUUCGCACGCAGUCGACUGAAUUCUCGAAGCCUGGUGAGAUUCGCCAGUUUCACAGGGACCUCGGAAGAGACCCUGAAUGAAAACGAGAGUGUCAUCUCAAAGGAUUCCAUGGGACCCCUGAGUAACGUCAGGUUUGCUGUAUUUGCAUUGGGAUCGUCGUCGUACCCGAACUUUGCGUCGUUCGGGGCUUACGUGGACAACUUGCUGGGGGAACUGGGGGGCGAGAGAAUCCUCCCCUUGGCGUAUGGAGACGAAAUGUGCGGCCAAGAACUCUCUUUCACUGCCUGGGCUCCCAACGUCUUUCAGGUAUCAUGCGAAACCUUUUGCUUGGAGGGUGACGCCGUGGCCAAGGGGAUUCAGGCCUCCAUCAGCAGGAAAGCGCAAAAAGUCCGCCUUGAGCUUCGCGAGAAGAACGGCGAUCUCUGGAAGUGCCUUACGGUGUCCUCUGGAGGCAGGAAGGUCUUUCCUUGUCAGCUGCUUUCAAGGGAAAAUCUACUACCCACCAAUGAGCAAGAGACGAUGCUGCUUCGACUAGAUACAGGGGGAAGGGAAGAGUUGAGAAGAUACUCUCCCGGAGAUCACCUGGGGAUAUUUCCCGUGAACGAGGGUGCUCUCGUGACCAAGAUCAUAUCGCGUCUCAAGGGUCUCCCUCCCCCAAAUACCUCCAUUCGACUCCAACGCCUCGUCGAGAAAUUCUCCCUCAAUGGAUUGUCGAAUGUGUGGGAAGACGUGGAGAACAUACCGACAGGAAGCAUGGAGGAGCUAUUGUCGAGAUUUCUGGAUAUCCACACGCCUCCCUCGCCCGCUCUUCUUCAGUUUCUCUCCUCCUCCGCCUCCCAUCCUCAGGAACGCCAACGUCUUCUCCAUCUUGCCACGGAUGCCGAUGAAUAUGAAGAAUGGCGUCACGAAAAUUACCCAAACCUAUGGGAAGUGUUGGAAGAAUUCGAAUCGGUGUCCCCAGAGGCAGGGAGGCUGCUUAUGGAAUUGCCGCGCCUGAAACCCCGCUUUUAUUCCAUUAGCUCCUCACCCCUCAUGCACCCCAAUGAGAUUCACAUCACCGUUGCUCUCGUCAAUUAUGUCACCAAAGGGGGAAACGGGAAGCUGCAUCGAGGAGUCUGUUCGGGAUACCUCAGCGACUCCUCGUCUGCAACUCCAAUCGCUUGCUUCGUGCGAAAAUAUAAGACGUGGGAGCUGUAUCACUUUGAAACCCGUGAAAUGCACGCUGCAGGAGUUCUCAAAGCCGUCCAUGUCGCUGUCUCCCGAGAACCAGGCUUACCUAAGACGUACGUGCAAGAUCUGCUGAAGGGGAACUCGAAGGAGUUGUAUGCAGAUUUGGUGGAUCGCCAGGGUCAUAUGUACGUGUGUGGGGAUUGUACGAUGGCAGAGGACGUGUAUCGGACGGUGAGAGACAUCAUCCAGACCCAGGCCGACCUACCCUUGUCUGAGGCCGACGCCUUCCUCAGCUCCCUUCGGGAGGACAGUCGCUACCACGAGGACAUCUUUGGGAUCACGUUACGGACAGACAUGGUGCAUGGACGAGCCACUACAAUCCAAGAACGAAGUCGUCUCGCCAUUGAAAAAGCUCGCAGAUCCGACAAAUAAAAGCAGCCUUCCUUCUCUCAAUCUUUCUUCGCCAAACCAAAUAUUAAUCCCUCGAUUUCUCUCUUUUAUAGGGAAGAACUUACCAAACAGAUUGUGCAAGUAUUGAUCGUGCGAGUGGGGCAUUGUUGUAGCUACUAAUCUCGAGUAGUUAGUUUCGAAACGCGGAGAUCCUAGCAUUGAAUCCGAUAAGCCUUAUUUAUUUGCUAAGGUAGACAUUAAAA